AGCCACCUCCUCUUAUUCAGGAAAAUCAUGGGAAAGUAGAAGCAUUUCUCAAUGAAAUAUCUUCUGGAGUCAGCCUUCUGUAAAUACUGUCUUGCAGUAUGAUGUCAUUUCUCUGCAUUAACAGAAAAUAUUGGAGAGUCCCAAUGUUGUUGAGAGGAAUGUUGAACCAGGAAGGAUUCAGGUUUAGAUCACUUGCUGCUUCGUGCUCUCUCUAUGGGAAGAAGAAAACAACCAUCCGGUAUGAAAACAUUGACCAAGAAAAAUACAGAGAUUUGAUCAACUACCUCACAUCCUAUAAAGACAGUUCUCAGAGACCUGAAUUAGUAUUUGAAGAAGGUAACAUGCUAAAUGGACCACAAAAGAAAUAUAAGAACUCAGACCAGGAGGAUCAACCAAAAGUUUGUAGGAACUGGAUUCCUCUAAUGAAUCCCAAUAAGAGCUCUUUGCCUCAAGAAACUGCUCCGGGACAGCCUUUGCAAAUCAGUUUGCAAAGGAAAAACUUGGCUAGUGUGACAGCUGUUCUACAACAGACCAUGCCUGUGGAGCAAGCUUUUUAUCUGGAGAAGUGGAAACAGCGGAUGAUUCUAGAACUUGGGACAGAGGGUUUUGCCGAAUACACUAAAAAUAUCUUUCAACAAGGUAAAUUAUUCCAUGCAGCCAUGGAAACUUUACUUUUAGCUGAAGAAAUCUCUGUGGAGCAGGAAGAAGACACCAGUGUAUCUGGCUACAUAAGAAGUGUGCAGCAUGUGCUGCAACAUGUUACUGGAGUGAGAGUCCUUGAAAGUGCGGUACAGCAUGAGACCCUUCAUUACCAAGGCCUAGUGGAUUGUGUGGCAGAAUAUCGAGGGAAAUUAUGUGUAAUUGAAUGGAAGACAUCAGGGAAAGCGAAACCGUUUCUUCGGAAUACGUUUGACAAUCCACUCCAGGUUGCAGCAUACAUAGGAGCCAUUAACCAUGAUGCCAAUUACAACUUUCAGGUUGACUGUGGCCUCCUUGUGGUCGCCUACAAAGACGGUUCUCCUGCACAUGCACAUUACAUAGACUCUGAGCUAUGCUCUCAGUACUGGAACAAGUGGCUGCUUCGCCUGGAAGAAUAUAAAGAGAAAGACUUUGGAAUUGUGUGACCCCUUUUAAAUUUAAGUCCCUUUAAGGUAGACUGCUUUUUUAUUACUUUGCAGCAAAUGAAGGAACUGAAUGCUACCAGGAAAACAUACUGGGUGGUAUGAAGCUAAGAGUUGCUCCUUCUGGCAGCCGUGAUUGCACAGAGAAUUUCCCUUCGGGUUAAUUCUGCUUAGCUGAGGUACAAUUGGCUGCCUGGGCCUCUGAUGCAGGGAGCACAGCUGUGCCUUCUCCCUCUGACCAGUCAUCGUCAUCCCACCUCCAGUCCCCUGGUGGUUCCCUUGGGGGUUCCCCAACUGGUGCCUCCCACCACUCUUUCGCAUCCAUGACAGGUGAUUAACAACUCCUAUCAUGGUGAAAAGAUCUUAUGCUGGGUCUACUGUAAAAAAAAAGGGGGGGAGGGUGGAAUUAUUCUUCACACCAAAAUCAGUCAUCCCUGGGGUCAGGACUGCUCCUGCUACAGAGGGAUUCCAUUGCGUGAAAAGUUUAUAACGUGAAUCAUAUUCCAAGCAGCAGAUUAAAUUUGAAAUUGCACAAACACU